ACUUGAAAUGAAAAGUCCUGCCGCAUUUGAGUGCUGAAAUGAGGAAAGGAAGGGGACAGCAUCAGAAAGGUUAGAGUGGAAAAGCAGUAUUUCAGGAACAUGUGUUGGAUAAAGGAGACUUAAUUUAUUGAGGCCAAAGAGCAUGGUACUAUAAGUUGUAGAGUUUGGAGGGAAGAUCCAAGACUUAGGUGUGUCACACCAGAACAGGGAAAGAGGAACUGAAGUUUUUUUUUUCCAGUGUUACAUACACUCAAAUGCUGUAAUUUUGAUUGUAGUUUUAUUACUGAGGCAGAGAUAAAGCUUUCAAAGAUGCUAAUGCAAGCCUAGAAGAGUAUGCUUAGAUAGAGAACUUAGAGAGGAAAAAAUACUUUAAAGCAGUGUGUGUUAAUAAUUAAAGUCUAAGGGGGUAACUGAUAUUGCAGCAAAUAAGGCUUCCCCUUCCUAUAGAGCAUGGCUGUGGAAGGAAUGCAGAUGGAUGCCCUGUGGUGAGAGAACUGCUUUUCUAGCUGAUACAGCCAUGACCAGUACCUGAAAUGUUAUUUUCUUUUGUGCUUUGACUGUUGGGUAGUUUACGGAAAGAGAUGAUGUUGUAUAGAGACUUCUUCUUCCUUCUAUUUUAGGAUACAGAUUCACAUCCAUUUCCCUAAAAAUACACGAAGUAAACUUUGCUUAACGUGCUUACACUUGUCCAUCAUUCAGAAACUUGCUAGUUGGUUUUGUCUUAUUUGAACUUUCUCGCCUAUGAUGUUGUUUAAUUCCAGACAAAUCAGUGAAACACUUGAAUCCUUUUUAGAACUCCAUAUGAAAAUAAGUGUAAAAACAAUGACAUUUAUUUAUCAUCAGUUGGUGAUAUUCAUCCUGUAGAAUUGUGCUUUGUGAGCCUCUGGAAUUUGAAUUUUAUUGUCUUUUGUGGCAAUGUAUGGGCAAGACUUGCUCUAAAGCACAUCUAUGCCUCAAAGUCUUUCAAAAUGACUGUUUUGAUUUUUCUUGGGUUGAAGAGGGAAAGAACAAGCUCCAGCUAUGGGGGAGAAAACAUGAAAUACUCGUCACAGUUCCGUGGUGCAGUGCAGGUACCUGAGGCACAAGCUCUUCAGAAGCACAGGCAGCGUUUCUGUCCUGUGCCUCUGCCGUUGUGAGAGCCUGAGAACCCUGUAAGAAAAGAGGACGAGUUUCUUUUUCUCCCAUAGGAAAGGGGUUGAUUGAAAGGUGAGUAGGAAGAAAGUGAGCGCUGGAAAAUCCCCUCUGCUUUCUAGCUCGAUGUCUGGCAGAGGUCUGAGGUAUGCAGGAAUUGAUUUAUAACCUCUUUGGGAAGCCGGGAAAUCUGACAAAGAUAGUGCUGCCCACUGACACUGGGGGAAACAGGAAGUAGCAAAGGAAACAAGUCAUUGCCUCGGCGUCACUUUUGGCCACAGCUCAGUGCAGAUGCACAAGCGGUUGGGGCAGGGUUUCUUUCCCUUUUGUGUGGACUGUACGGCAGCUUCGCCGGCACGUUCAGCCCGGCAGUACCCACGGCAGGGUGAAGCGCAGGGAUGUUCCUGUCAUGCCUGAGAGGGGUCACAAGUUAUUAAUGGCUUUGUCAUCACAAAGGAAACAAUCAUUCGGUGAAACUGCCAGCAGGAAAACUAUGUGUCGAUCGGGCAAGGUCACCAGAAUGAUGGCCUCGCAGGAGCAGGUCUGGCCAGUCCCAAUGAAGGCAAUUGGAGCACAAAACCUUCUGACAAUGCCUGGAGGAGUGACCAAAUCGGGGUAUCUUCAUAAAAAAGGAGGCACCCAGCUGCAGAUCUUGAAGUGGCCAUUGAGAUUUGUGAUUAUCCACGAGGGAUGUAUCUACUAUUUUAAAAGCAGCACAUCUGCAUCUCCCCAGGGUGCCUUUUCUUUGAAAGGUUACAACAGGGUUAUGCGGGCAGCUGAGGAGACAACAUCAAGUAAUGUGUUUCCUUUCAAGUUGGUUCACAUAAGCAAGAAGCACAGGACGUGGUUUUUUUCAGCUUCUUCUGAAGAUGAAAGAAAGAAUUGGAUGCUGUCCUUGAGGAGAGAAAUUGAUCACUACCAUGAGAAGAAAGAAACAAUAACAGAAUUCAGUGACUCUGGUUCCGAUGCAGACAGUUUCUAUGGCUCAGUAGAACGUCCCAUUGAUAUCAAGUAUUCUCAUCAUUCAGCAGAUAAUGAAGAUUACGACCAGGAGGAAGAGGAUGAGUCCUACUUGCAGCCAGAUACUUGUGACAUAGUGAAAGAUGAUAUGGUGCUGCCCCCAGCAUACCCACCUCCACCCGUUCCUCAUGUCAGAAAAGCUGCCUACCCAGAAGCAAGGGCAAAUUCCUAUGCUGGCAAACCUACAGCACCAGCACCACCACCACCUCCUAAGAGGAGCUUACCUGAUAUCAAACUAGAGGAUCCUGUAACCACGAGAGAGCCGCAGUUGCAGUGCCGAGCUGAACCUAAUCUAAAGGUUCAGUCCUCCAGCCGGAGACUAAGUGAACAGUUGCCCCCUGUGCCCCCUUUGCCUGUUUUCAAGAAGCCUGUGUGUGUCAAAGAAUCUCACCCAUUGCCUCCAGACCCUCUGCCUCCAGCCCAAGUUCUUCCUCUUCCAGAAGGAUGUGAGAAGCUAAAAAAUUUAAACCUUUCACAGCGAACUCCUCCUCCACUACCAGCCAAUAAACCCAAGCUGUCACAGCUCACUGAAAAACCAGUGGAGCUGAAAGUGCCAAGAGAACAUGGUAAACCUGGACUGUUUGUGCCACCAGUGCUCCCAAAGCCACCUGUGCCAAGCCACCAGCCCCCUGGAAUCAAGCCUAGAGCAGAGAAGUCUUCAUGUCCCCAGUUACAAUCACCACCAGAUGGACAGAGUUUUAGAAGCUUUUCAUUUGAAAAACCAGCACUACCCUCCAAGCCAAGCCAACCUGAUGAUGAUAACUCUGAUGAUGACUAUGAAAAAGUCGGGCUGCCUGCUUCAAUAUUUCUUAAUACCUCUGAAUCCUUCGAAGUUGAAAGGAUAUUUAAAGCUAAUAGCCCACAAGGACAACCGCAAAAUGGAUUGUACUGUAUUAGGAACUCAUCUACUAAGCCUGGAAAGGUAUUGGUUGUAUGGGAUGAACCUGCAGGAAAAGUGAGAAACUACAGAAUCUUUGAAAAGGAUGACAAGUUUUACCUGGAUUCAGACAUCAUGUUUUUGAACAUGGGAAGUUUGGUUGAGUACUAUAGCACUCAUGUGUUACCUAGUCAUGACAGCCUGAUGCUUCGGUGUCCUUAUGGUUACUCCAAACCAAGGUGACAUGACAGCCCUAGUUCACUGACACCCCACUGCCCUUGAGUCGACUGUGGACUCCUGCCACUGCUGGACAUCCUGCUGUUUGCACACACAAACUGAGUCUGUUCCCACCAUUUAUUCUCACAUGAAUUGUAUAUAAACACCAUAUAAAGAACUCUUGGUAAAACCUUACAAUCCAGAUCCGUGGAUUUGAUGGUCUUUUCUUUCAAAAAGAUCUGAACUGAUUAUGCUGGGAAAGCUGUCCAGGAUACCCAGACUUUUUAUAAAACUGCUGCUAUCACUAAUCUUCUUGGAAUGUCAAAGAUGGGCAUGAACAAAGAAGUGGACUGAAUACAACUGAUCCAGAAAAUGGAAACUUGUGGACGUAUAUCAGAAUUUACUUGUGACAGGGAAUACUAAUACUCUGACUUGAAGGUAGUGCUCCUAAAGUCAGCACUGGUGCUCAACUGAGAUAUUCUUUUGUAUUACUUGUAUAGUUGACGUGUAAAUAAUGAAGACUUCUGUGCAAACUAUUUGAUUUACUAUGGGUAAAGAUGAUCAGGAAAUCUGGCUUUUUUUUUAAGCCACCUCAUACAUACGUGUACCUUCCGAGUACAGUGUCUGCAGUAAUCACUGUCAGGUAUUAUCCAGCUGAUACAGUUAUGGCAUCUCAGUCUGAAUCUGUAUCCACAAACUUCUUUUUUUUCUGUUGCCUUUUCAAAGUUUACACAUGCCCAUUUUAAUGUUGUUACCACUAGAUUGCCACAACUUUAAAAACAUAACAAAACCAUCACCUAAUAAGAAUUUUCUGUUUAUGAAAACAAUAAACCAGGAUUUAGUCCCUAAGGAAUUUUCCUUACUAAUCAGAUGUAGUAUGAGGAUCAUACACAGGAAUGGAGGCAAGAAACUCUGCCUCCAUCUUUUGCAAGAGACAGACAUACACAAUAUCAGUCUUUUGAUCUCUGUUCCUGCUCUAAUAGGGUUUAUGUGUAUAUUAAGUACUCAAAAUUCAGAUUUCAUUGAAUAUCUUAAGUUUCUAAUUCCUUUUAUUUUAAAUUAGUAUCCCUGUGAUUCACUACUCUGACAUGAUUGACUCUAAAGAAGGCUCAGCCAAGACAGCAUUUAAAAAACAUGUUUGGCAAAUACAUAUAUGUAUAUCAGAGCAAGUUCAAGUUUCUUACAGUAUUCACAUACACUGUUUAGAAAGUAAAUUUUUCUCUGUCUGGGAAUAAUUGACUUCAUUGUGUCAUGACAGUCAUAUUUACAGUAUGUUCUCUUUGGGGCUCUAUUCAGGUUUUUUUUCCACCCAUACACUCAGAAGAUUUUUAUAUUGUACACAUACAUCUACAACAUAACACUUUCUUUACUUGUGUAAUACAAGAGUUGAAAAUAUGUAAAUUUUUGUGUUAAUGCCGUUUUGUAUCUAAAUGUAUAGAUUUCUGAAACAGAUAAAAACUUUCAGUGCCAGUUCACCUCA